AUGGUUGACUGUGGACCCUCUUGUGCUGUGCCCUCUUGCGCCUCCGCCCCAGUGGUUGGCUUCGGAUCAGCUGGUUCCAGAGGCCUUGGCUGCGGACCUCUUGGCUAUGGCAAUCUCGGUUAUGGCGGUCUCGGCUAUGCAGGUCUCGGCUAUGGCAGUCUCGGCUAUGGCGGUCUCGGCUAUGGUUUGGGCUACGGCCUCGGAGCUGGCGCCUUGGCCGAGAGCUCCGGAAGCCUGGGCACCCUGGCCGGAGUCAUCCCCAAACCCAUCAACCAGAUCCCACCAUCCGAGGUGACCAUCCAGCCCCCUGCAGUUGUGGUCACCAUCCCCGGCCCCAUCCUGUCUGCCAGCUGUGAGCCCGUGGCCGUCGGAGGCAACACCCCAUGCGCCCCCGGAGGUAUCGGAGGUACCGGAGGCUUCGGAGGCUUCGGACGCGUUGGUGGCGUCUACGGAGGCCGCCUGGGACGUCUCGGUCGCCGUGGCAGCCUUUGUAACCUCCCCUGUUAAGUAAACCAAGACUCUCCAUGACCAAAAACGGAUUUCAGAAGAUUGGCUAAAGCGUGUUGGACCCUAUUUUGGCCUGUCUGUCAUUUUCACAAUUCUCCUCUGCUUGCUCCACGUUGAUCCCAUUGCUUGUAUUUAUUUCCCAGUACUCCCACCGCCACUUACAUCAAGGAACACUACCUCUUCCUGUGAAAUUAUCUUCCCACUAAAUUGAUUAGUCUAGGGUUUAAAGGGAAGGUAUCAAGGAAGAA